AUGGCGCUGAAUUCCAAUGCUGCAAAAGACCCUCCAGCCAAGGAAGGGCAGUUUCAAGUGGUUGGUUCCAGUGAACAACUUCGUGAAAUGAUUGCUAAAGGCUCAUUAGAUUUCGAUAGUUGGACUGCUCUUAUUGCAGAGAUUGAAAAAUCCAAUCCAACGACGCAGGUUGAUCUCACGAAGAAUGAAUCCAUGAAGACGAAGAACUCCGAAGAAGAUCGAUCCCACUUUUUUUUGUCACUUUGA